UUCUUCCCUGUGCCCACAAUGAAAUGGUGAGACUGGAGGGUGCUUAGAAUAGUAUCUGGCAGCACGAGAUGCAGAGUUGCUAGGAGACAGAUGAAGGUGGAUAGAUUUACCCAAAGCAGAAUCCUUCAGGUAUACCAGAAGAAGCUGCAGCAUUCAGGGUAGUGUACCUAAGCAGGAGUGCACCACACUGAUGGCAGAAGGGGGCAGAGCCUGAUGGUCAGGGGGAUUCUGAGGGAAGAGAAGAUUUUUGCACUGGGACAUACCUCAGAAGGACAGCCAAGUAGAUGCAGAGAUCAGUGCUGAGUCUGGAAAGGAGGGCUUGGCAGGCAGUUCUGGAAAAAGCUCCAGAUGUCAGAGCAGAGCAGCACCAGAGAUGGGGAUGUGGACCCCCAGCAUGGCUUAUAUAUGCUGGUCCUGCUGGUCCUUGUCUUCUUUGUCAUGGGCCUUGCAGGCUUUCUCAUUUGCCAUAUCCUGAAGAAAAAGGGAUACCGCUGUCGGACAUUCCGUGAUGAAUUUGACUCUGACAACAAGGAAUCACUGACCCAACUCCAAGAUGAUGAUGAGGAUCUGAAUGAGGACACCGUAGAAAAAAUAGUGAAAUGUAUCAUUCAAAAUGAAGCAAAUGUUGAAGUUCUAAAAGAAAUGCUGGGGGAAGGUGAUGCUGAUCUCCCACUGCCAGUGCCUGUGCCCAGUGCUCUUUGUCCACAUCGCACCAGCCAAGAUGGUGGCAUUCCUCAUCACCACACAGUGCACUUAGGCUCGACACAAGCACCUUGCAUUCAUUGCAGCAAGAAAAAGAGACCUCCUAUACAUCGUCAGGGCCGGUCAAAAGAGAGUAAAAGUAAGAUGCAUCCUGGGGAAACAACAGUCUUUUCAGUUGGCAGAUUUCAUGUCACCCAUAUUGAAAAAAAAACUGCUUCCCAGGAAUCCCAGGAAGAGCCUUUUCCUGAGAACAAGCUGGACUUCAAUUUAGCUGAUACAGACCAGGAGAUCUACAGCAGUGAGAAACUUCAAUGGGCUGGGUCACAGAAUGGAAUUGUUCAUACAGAUGGAGAAAGAAAAUUAGCUCAGGUAGAUCCUCAAAGACUGACAAAGGAAACUACUGCAGAUGGGUUAACUCAGUCAGAGACUCAUUUAAAUGUAACAGCCAAUACAGAUAUAGCCAUAAAUGAAACAGAGGGAGGAUACCCUAAGGCACGCUCUUCACAAGAAGCAGUAAACUCUGCCAUAAGUUAUGUAAUUGAGACUAACUGCACUUCAGGACCCAAAGACCUUUCAUCAGAAUUGCUAGAGGAGAUGGAAAGGUUGGAUAAAAAAGCUGAACAAAUGGGCAAUCAAAGAGCAGCGUAUGAAGUAUCAGACAACAAACAAGGUCAAGUUCUUUCAAUAGGACCCAGGUUGGAAAAGUGCCCAGUAGAGCAAGUGGCAUAAAACAUCAGAUCCUGCCAGCUCCAUGCUCAGGGCUGCCAAGGAGUGAGAUGCACAUGGAACUGACCUCAGGCUUGCAGGGAUGAAGUUACUACAUCAAAGCAGACCAGACCUGGCUGGAAAAGCUACUCUCUACUUGUUGUGGUCAGACCACCAAAAGGACAUGCUACUGUCAUCAAUAAGGCCGGCAAGUUCCAUCUUCCCAUCACAAUCAUUCCCCGUGCAAGAGCAGAAGUAUAAUCACAGGGACAGGAGCAUGUUGUAGAGUAAACUAACAUUACUGGAAAUCCAAGCCUCUCUGUACCCUUGAAAGCUUUGCUAAAGUCAAUGAUUUAUAAAUAUGUGUCUUUCAGGAGAACAGGAUGUAUAAGCAUGGCUCAACUGAUAAGAAUUCUACUCUUCACCAUACUGGAGCUCAGCACAUGGUACUUGCAACAGGCCCAGACUUGGGUCUCAUACAUUGAAAUUCUCAGCCGCUAACAAUGGAAAGCAACUAACAAAUUAUUCUAGUUCAUUGUAACUGUUGGCAUUCAUCUCCCACACAAAUGUUUCCCUAGCAACUCUGAGCGACAUACUUAUGAAGUGCCACAGUCUUGUUUCUUUCAAAGGGCAAACUACAUUCUCCAGAUCUCAAGAGAUCUCAGCCAUGUAGGGAGAAUGAAUAGGGAAGAAAGGUUCUGGGCCCUUUGCAUGUGUAGUGACUCAGAUAAGGCAACAGCUAUGCUGUUUAAAGUUGUUUGGAUACGUUCCCACUCUAGCCAUGAAACACAAUGUCUCUGAGGUCUGUAUUAAAGUGGUAUUUGAUACCCAGGAGCAAUAGAGUAGUAUCCCACAUUGCCAAGCAAUGAACAAAUCUGACAUUGCUAUUUUGGAACUGCAUUUUAUCUUACUGAGUGAAGAUCUGUCUCAGCACAGGGGAAAGGCACUUUACCUUGGAAUGCAAUAAUACAAAUAAGCACAUGCCUACCUAAUGGUUCUUUCCAAGGAUACUGUUCUUGUUCCCACAAACCAUGUCACUCCCAUAAGGAAUAGUCAAGCAGCACCUUACUUUGAGCUUCUUCAUUGUGGUGCUUAACCCAAAAGGUGUGGACAGGUGCAGAGGACAGGUAACUGCUCAGUACAAACCUUGGAGGUUCUCAUGACAAUUCUGGAUAGGCUUUUCUUCCUAGGAAUAGACACUUGAACUUGAGUUUUGGGAUCAGCUAAUUAAGAACUCCUUUAGACCUUUCCUUUCAUGCUGUUCUGUAAAUAUUAAUUAAAAAGCCAUGACAUAAAUCCUACUUCAUUUUGUGUGUGUGCAAUCAAAUACUGCUAAAAUAUUAAUCUGUUUGAAUGGAGUAAAUAUGGAAAAAAUAUAUCUGUUCAGUGGCUCAACAUCUAUCCAUGUAUUGCCUUUCAAAAAUGCAACACAGGAACUAACCUGCUCUGAAGAAAGCAAUAAAAGAAUGAGAAUAGAAAAUGGCUGUCAGAACAGUACAAAUGAAGUUGGCAUAUCUGUGAGGGGCACAUAAAUAAAUCAGCAUCAUUUAUUCUGCCCUGA